AUGAGGUUGUCACUCCGAGUCGGUUUAGCUACCGCGCUGAUCAUUUUCACACUCGCCCUGAUCAACCGGCAACUCCACUCAGUUGGCCGCGACCCUCAAUCGUUCUGGCAUUUUGAUACCACCUCGUUCCGCGCCGCUCUUCGUCCACAGUCCGGAUUGUCACAGGAUCCCUUGCACCGAAAAUGGGGAAGUGGAACCAGACACGAGAGUGGCUUGUCGUUCCGGCUUACCAACAUCGAAGUUCCAAAUGAGGGCGUUUUGGUUAUGGGCAAAUUGCGCGACGAAGAUACCGCAUGGGCCUCUGCCGAACUCGCUGAAUGGCGCAAUUACAUUUACACCGUCGACGAUACCAAUGCCCCGACGCAUACUCCGAAAAACAAAGGUCGCGAAGCUUUGCCUUAUCUCCAAUACAUUGUCGAUCACUACGAUGAUCUCCCCGCAAUCAUUGUUUUCUUGCACCCUCAUCGCGACGGCUGGCCAGCCGGCUGGCACACCGAUACCCAGGACAACAGCAAUGUGGAUUCCGUGCGGGCCCUUCAACGCGACUUUGUCCAAGAACAGGGCUUCGUUAACCUCCGCUGUCAAUUGAACCCCGGUUGCCCAGAAGAGAUUCGACCUUUCCGAUCACCCCCGAAGCCAGGCGACACCGGUGAAAAACAUUAUGCCGCUGCCUGGAAAGAAUUGUUCGGCAACAACAAUGUUCCUGAUACUAUCGCGGCUCCAUGCUGCUCGCAAUUCGCCGUCUCUAGGGACCAAGUGCUGAAACGCCCGCUUUCCGAUUACAAGCGCAUGUACAACUGGGUCCUGAAUAACGACUUGGCUGAUACAGUGACCUCCAACAUUAUGGAGUACUCAUGGCACAUCAUUUUCGGACAAGCGCCAGUCUUCUGCCCCGAUACCUUCCAGUGCUAUGCUGACGUCUACGGCGAGGAAGUCUUCGCCAUUUAA